GAAAUGGAGCACUCACAAUCGCAGUCGACACCUUCGAAACAUAUGCUUAAGCGUGGUGGUAAACAAUCUCAACAGCAGUCCGCAAAUGUGCACAAAGCAAAUUGGGACUUUGACACAGUGCACAUGUUCUUGCAACUUGUUAUCAAAGAGUUGGACUCAGGUUUCAAGGGUAGCUUCCAUACAAUGACAAUGCACGGAUACAGGGCUGUCGCCAAGGCCUUCGAGGAGCGUACACAUAAGGUCCAUGAUGUGAAGCAACUGCAAAACAAGUACGCGUUACUGAAAAAGGAUUGGCAGUCGUGGUCACGCCUAAUGGACAGCAGGCAUGGGCCAAUCGGCAUAAGUUACAAUGAAGCAACUGGUUUGAUACAAGCAUUUGACGACUGGUGGGCCCAUUAUGAAAAGAUUGACAAGAAUGCACUGAAGUUCAAAACGAAACCGUUGGAGCAUAUGGACCUAAUGCGAAGGGUGUACGAAGUGCAACAGCAACCGGGAAAUUUGCAUGGACACCAGGGGCAGCGUUCGAACAUGUCGCCACCGAGGACAAUCCUUUGCUGGUAGACAAAGAAGACUGCGAGGACAGCAGUGGUAUGCCCCCUUUCCAGCCAUCCGCGCAGCAUGAACACACUGUCUACCACACUUGUGCGCAAGAGGAGGACACCCCGGUCACUGUACAUGCUGUGUCAUCGGCAAUUCACGCUGAUGACACACCUAUGAGUGGCGGGAGCAAACACAAAUUCAGUCGCACAACACACCCACAGCUUAAAAAAGGGCAAAGUGAGGGAGCAUUGCUCUUGGCGAGUAGCAUGAAAAACCUUGCGUCUUCAGUUAAAUUACAACAACGAGAAGUCCGCGUGCAUCAUGAGUAUGGAGAUUCGGCCUCGGACUGCACUCGCAAGUGUAUGGCAUGGUUGUACUCCCUACAAGGCUUGGACCCGCAAGACCCACUAAUCCCUUAUGGUUUGAUGCUAAUGGACAAUCCGCCAAAUCAAGCAAUAUUGUUGCAGAUUCCAACGGACGCGGCAGUCAUUACUUGGCUGCAAAUGUAGAAGUCCCAUAAUAUGGGUGGCCCAUCUGCGCCAACUCACGGCCUCGGAAUGACUGGGUGGUUCUGACGGCUUUAGUCACCGGAAAGGGUUCAUGUUUCAUUACUGUCCUGCAUUAGUUUUCUACCAUGUUGCUACCUCCUAUGUUUGUUUUACAUUUUUUUCCCCCUGCCAACAACCCGUGAGUGUGUGUAUUUUCUUUUCCUUCCCUUACAAACAGAUUCGACAGUGGCUGUAGGCUUUUUUUUAUUACGGAAUCGGUGUGUGAUGUGUUGGAUGUUGUAUUACUUUUUAUGCAGCAGGCACG